AGGGGCUUAGCCUAUGCGUUUUCUUGCCUUCUCCGAUCGAAGAGUUCGUUUGCAGCAGCGAAAAAUUGCUUUGUAACUGACAGCGGAACCGUCAACAAAAUGGGCCAACGUCAGUCUGGUGGAUCAGGUGGUGGAGGCAAUGAGAAAGGUGAUGAUAAGGAGAAGAAACGGAAGUAUGAACCUCCUGUGCCAACAAGAGUGGGGAAGAGGAAGAAGAGAACAAAGGGACCAGAUGCUGCAACGAAGCUGCCUCAAGUGACUCCAUACACAAGGUGUCGACUGAAGAUGCUGAAGCUUGACAGGAUCAAAGACUACUUAUUAAUGGAGGAAGAAUUCAUCAAGAACCAAGAGAGGCUGAAGCCCCAGGAAGAAAAACAUGAGGAGGAGCGCAGCAAGGUAGAUGAACUGCGGGGGUCUCCGAUGUCUGUUGGAAAUUUGGAGGAAAUCAUUGAUGAUAAUCAUGCGAUUGUGUCUACAUCUGUUGGAAGUGAGCACUAUGUCAGUAUUCUGUCUUUCGUCGACAAAGACCAACUUGAACCAGGUUGCUCUGUUCUUCUGAAUCAUAAGGUGCAUGCCGUUGUUGGUGUUCUAGGAGAUGACACAGAUCCCAUGGUGACAGUGAUGAAGCUGGAGAAAGCUCCUCAAGAAACAUAUGCAGAUAUUGGUGGUUUGGACACCCAGAUCCAGGAAAUCAAGGAAUCCGUAGAGCUACCACUCACUCACCCUGAGUACUAUGAGGAAAUGGGCAUCAAACCCCCCAAGGGUGUCAUUCUGUAUGGUCCUCCUGGAACAGGAAAAACUCUGUUGGCUAAAGCUGUUGCCAAUCAAACAUCUGCCACCUUCCUGAGAGUUGUUGGCUCAGAGCUCAUUCAGAAGUACUUGGGUGAUGGUCCGAAGUUGGUUCGGGAACUGUUUCGUGUGGCAGAGGAGCACGCACCUUCCAUUGUCUUCAUCGACGAAAUCGAUGCAGUUGGAACAAAAAGGUAUGAGUCGAACUCAGGUGGAGAGAGAGAGAUCCAGAGAACUAUGUUGGAACUUUUGAAUCAGCUGGAUGGAUUUGACUCAAGAGGUGAUGUGAAGGUUGUCAUGGCCACAAACAGAAUUGAAACCUUGGAUCCUGCAUUGAUUCGCCCUGGAAGAAUUGACAGGAAAAUCGAGUUCCCCCUUCCAGAUGAAAAAACAAAGCGUCGCAUCUUCACCAUUCACACUAGCCGAAUGACACUGGCUCAUGAUGUCAGCAUUGAGGAUUAUGUCAUGUCCAAGGAUGAUUUGUCAGGAGCUGAUAUCAAGGCUAUCUGUACUGAAGCUGGGCUGUUGGCUCUGCGUGAAAGACGCAUGAAAGUAAUGAAUGAGGACUUCAAGAAAGCGAAGGAGAAUGUUCUGUAUCGCAAGAAUGAAGGCACUCCUGAAGGACUGUAUUUAUAAUUUCUCAUUUUGUUCAUAUAUAUGUACUGUUUUUCAUAUUCUCUUUGUCCAUCUGGGUCCCAGUUAUAAAUCUUAUUCUGGCUGGGGGGGGGGGGGGGGGGGGGAGAACAAAGCAUGGUCCUGCAAAAAAAUCUGUUGAGAUAAUGCUCAGAGUGAAAUGAUGUCAAUUUAAAUCAUAUUUCAUGGAUUUUUUUUGAUUUUUUUUCCAAGGUACUGAACCAGUUUUAAGACUUUUAUCUUCUCCAUAUUAGUUACCUGAGAAUUAAAAGUCUGCACACAUAGUUUAUUCAGGUUUUUUUGUUUACCUCUUUUUUUUAAAAAGGAAAAAAUCUUAAUAGUAUAAAGCUCACUAUAAUGGAAUUCCUCUUAUGUACCGUAUGUAGGGUUCUUUUGUGAAUGUGCUUUAAGAUUAUGUGGAUAGAAGCAUUUUGUAUGUUUAAUUUGAAGAAAAAAUGAGAUGAUUGGUACCGGUAUUGAAAUAAAGAAUUUUUUGGGGAGACGAAUUCGAAGAGAUGUUUUUCAAGUUUAAUAGUGUGCUUCAGGUGUGUGACCUCUUAUGAAUGUGCUUCAAGGUAAAUUUGGAAGGAUUUUGUCUUUGUUGUACUGGGAAGAAUUGUCAAAUUGGCUGGUUUCAGGAAUACUGUAAUAGGGGGGUGAGACCAACUGGUAGUAUUGUUUAAAGUUAAAAAAUGGCUUGAGAUCAUGUGUAUUGGAAGAAAAUGUCAAUAAAAAGAAAAUAUUGACUGAC